AUGAGGACCAAGGAAGAAGUUGCGAAGCUCGCAGAGCUGGACCCAGAGCUCGCUGAAUGGCUCAAGACGAACACCAUCCCUAAGGGCGACUGGUCCAAUAUUAAGCAGUUCCGUGCCAUGCGCGAGAUGAUGGAGAAGCAGAAGCUUGACGCCCUGGGACCACCGGGUCCCGACCUCGAGGAAGAGUUCAAGAAUAUCACCAUGAGGGAUGGCUUCGAGAGCCAGAUCAAGAUCCACAAACCGGCGGGCAAGACGGGAGGACCUUUGCUUGUCUUGGUAUAUGGCGGUGGGUUUGUGGUUGGCAACAACCAGCAGCUCACGCCUUACGGCCGUGGGUUCGCUAAAGCCUUUGAUGCGGUCGCUGUGACCAUCGCUUAUAGGUUGGCGCCGGAGCACAAAUUCCCAACUGCUGCAAACGAUGUUGAAGACACUCUGCUGUGGUUAUCGAAGAACGCAGAAGCCAUUGGGUCAGAUCCUUCGAAAGGCUUCAUCUUGGGUGGUAUCAGUGCAGGCGGUAACCUGACAGCGUGCAUUGCACAGAAGACCCUGGAGGACAAAAGUCUAGCACAUCCUCUUACUGGUCUCUGGCUUUGUGUUCCUCUCGUUUUCCCUAAUCAGGAGCUCGUACCUGACAAGUAUAAGGAACUUUGGUUCUCGCAUGAGCAGAAUGCCGAGGCGCCUAUCCUCGACAAAAAUGCUAUCGAUGCCAUUCAAGUUCAUCUCGAGCCAGACGAGUCGUCGGCCCUCUACUCGCCUUUCAACAGCAAGAACCCUCACAAGGGCUUACCGCCCACUUAUGUGCAGGUGGAUGGUAUGGAUCCUCUGCGCGACGACGGGUUGAUCUAUGAGGAAGUCUUGAAGGAGAAUGGUGUGAAGACGAAAAUCGACAUCUGGCCCGGACUACCUCACGCACAUUUCGGCUUCCUGCCAUUCCUGAACGGCAGUAAAAAGGCAGUUCUGGACACCUUCUUGGGCUUCGGUUGGCUACUGGGGAAGGAAAUCUCCCCUCAGAAGGUGCAGGAGGUCAUGGUUGCACCUGCAGGAGGUUAG